AAAGGCGGCCAAGUACCCCCAGGAACAUUCAGUCAAGCCGCGAUCGCCGAGCUCUACGGACGUCUAUAUCUCCCAUACCUAUAUCUGUAGCUCUUCGUGAAUCGCAGUGAACCCAAGUGCUGACCGGAAAAUUCUUUCGGCCAAGAAAGGUCUUCGUUUAAAAAAGAUCUCAAGCGAUUGUGUUUUUUGUGUAAUUCUUGUUCUUGGAUGUCGCUGAACGCGGAACGUUCGUACAAAAUGAAACUGCGCGAUGUGGAAAAUGCCUUCAAAUAUCGGCGCAUACCGUAUCCCAAGCGUUCCGUGGAGCUGAUCGCCCUGCUGGCUAUUUCGUGCACCUUCUUCCUGUUCAUGCACACGAACAAAUUGAACAGUCGCCUCAAGGAGAUGGAGGUGAAGCUGCAACCGUCGGAGUUUUCGGCCCUGGGUCUAACGGGCAAUCACAUCAGCGGACACGAUGCGGGCAAACACGACGAUAUCAACACUCUGCAUGGAACCUACCAAUAUCUGAAGAGCACUGGCCAGAAGGUUGGUUAUAAUGUACACGAUCGCCGGAGCAGCGAGGAGGAGCUGCGGGAUUCGACGGGACAUGGACAUGGACAUCAUCAUGAUCACCACUCGCAUCACCAUCAUGUGCAUCAUCAGGAGAAGAUCGAUGGCCACAAACACAAGGCUGGCCAUGACAAACAGCUGGCUGUUCCCGAAAAUAUACCAAAGGAGGAUGAAGUCCACUACGAGGAUGAUGAUGAUGAUGAGGAAGUUGAGGAAAAUGAUGACGACUUGGCCAAUGGUAUGGACUCCGGUGAUGGAGAGGGUUUCAAUUUCAAAGCCGAUCUCCUGAACAACACCAAAUUCGCCGAAGUGGACUUUGUCUUCUUCAAUCGCGUGCCCAAAGUGGGCAGUCAAUCGUUGAUGGAACUGAUGGUUCGACUGGGCAAAAUCAAUGGCUUUACCCAUGCCCGAAAUAAGGGCAGUGCCCAUGAAACUAUCGUGAUGAAUAAGCAAAGGCAGAAUGAUCUAGUUGCCGAUCUGCUGACGCGACCCAAGCCGCAUAUUUACAGCCAGCAUAUAGCGUACAUUAACUUCACUCGCUUCCAUUUGCCCAAGCCGAUUUAUAUCAACUUGAUUCGCGAUCCGAUUGAUCGGAUCAUUAGUUGGCAUUACUACAUUCGCGCACCGUGGUACUAUCGCGACAUGCAGGCCAAGUUGGGGGACAAGGCACCGCCCAUGCCCUCGGAUGAGUUCUUGAACCUCGAUCUGGACACCUGUGUGCGGAAUCAUGAUCCGCACUGUACUUUCAACCAAAUGCAGGUCAAGAAUCCAGUGGGCGAUCAUCGCCGUCAGACGCUGUUCUUUUGCGGCAUGAAUCAGAAGCUGUGCAUGCCCUUCAAUUCGGAGGCUGCCAUGCAGAAGGCCAAACGAACCGUGGAGACGGAAUACGCCGUAGUCGGCACCUGGGAGGACACAAAUAUUACGCUUUCCGUUCUGGAGGCCUAUAUACCACGUUUCUUCCGCAAUGCCAAAGUGGCCUACUACUUGGGCAAGGAUCGCCUGUCGAGAGUCAAUCGCAAUAAUGUCACUCGCAUCGUCAGCGAUGAAACUCGGCUUAUUUUGAGGAAAAAUCUCACCAAUGAGAUCGAGUUUUACGAGUUUUGCAAACAGCGUUUGUAUCUUCAGUACGCCGCCUUGAGUCAUGGAAAGCAAUUUGGGGAGGAUGACUAUCUUUUGGUGCCCGAACAGCAAAACGAUUACAAUGAGGAGUAUUAAAGGGUGCACUUUAUGUAAGACCAAAUUCAAUAAGUGAUAAGCCAGUAUGAAAUGUAUAAUUAAACUCAAACUCAGGACUGCAUAGAACACAUAAAAAUAAAAGAAACUGAACAAUAUGACAGACUUUUAUUGAUUUUGUCAAGGCAAAGUG